AUGAGUAAUUAGAAUCCUAAAGAAGAGAUAGAAAAAAAGGAUAACAGAAUCUUAGAUGGUCUUCAUUAUUAUUUGUGCUCUAGGGAUUAUAACAUUAAUUUUGAUGAAUCUAUUGACAACAUUAAUUUAAAUGUAGAAGGAGAUGAUGAGAAUAAAAAUAGUGAUUUAAAUAAUAUAAUUCCAGAGGAAACUGCUGAUAAAAAUGCAGAUUAAGUUGAAUAAUAAAAUACUUUAUAGUAGCCUUAGAUGAGUUUUACAAAUUUGGCAAAUAUUCCAUUAUCUUUUAACGACCCAGAAGAUUAUGUUAAAACAUUUGAAUAACAUCUCUUUUCUGAAGCAAAAGCAUAAAUUAUCAAAGCCCAAGUUACAGAAUCAAGAGCUCCUGAAAUUAUGAGAUUAAAAAACUCUUAGGUAAUUGCUCUAAAAAAUAAUUCAGAGCUUUUCUUCAGAAAGCUAACUAUGGAGAAAGUUGCUGACUCAGAAACAAAAUAUGGAACUCAUGAUUUUAUAGUUAUAUCAUUACAAGAUCCUUCCAAAGUAAUAUCAGGAGAACAUAUGUUAGGUGUAGUAGAAAGAGCUGAAGGAAAUGAAAUUUUAGUCAAAGUAGUUUUUGAUGAAAAUAGCAGCGACCCACGUAAUUAAAAAAUACUUAAAGUCAUGUAACAAGAUGAAAGCGUUUGGAGAAAUUGGUAUGUGAAAAAGUUUUGCAGUAUAGUUACUAUUCAAAGAGAAUACGAAGCUCUACACAAUUUUAAUGAUUUGCUUUUAAAAGAGUUCAUACUUAAUCCUGAAAAGUUAACUCAGAAGAAAGAAGAGAAGUUUUCUAUCCCUGAAUAGCUUUCAAUUCGUUUAAAUUAGAUUUAUAAUCCCUCCCAAAUUCAAGCUAUUAACUCAACACUAAAGAAAUAAGGUGUUACUUUAAUUUAAGGUCCUCCUGGUACAGGUAAAACACGUACUGUGCUAGGUACUGUUUCAGUGCUUAUUAAUUCAUUUAAUGAAGACUAGCUUAAGUAAAAGCACUCUAUGGAGAUUGAAGAUAAAUCAAAGUUAGUUGAGCAGUCAGGCGAAUUCCAUUUCGAAUUAGCUAUGCCAUGGAUGUAGCCUAAUUAUGUUGAUUGGAGAGAUAGUACUUUUGAUCACUUGCAUAAUGAUUUUUCUAAUUUUACUAAAACAAAAAAAUAUAUCACUGCUGAUUAAACUGAUAAAGUCAUUCCUAUCCUAAAAGCUUAGGAAGAGCAUGCACCCCCUGAAAAAAUUUUAAUUUGUGGUCCUUCAAAUGCAGCUAUAGAUGAAAUCGUUCGUAAAAUGAAAAAAGAAGGUUUAUUGGACAAAAAUGGUAAUAUUUAUGAUCCUUCUAAAAUUAUAGUCAGAAUUGGUGAGAAUUAUGAUAAAGAUUUGGAGGAUGUAUCUUUAGAUUAUUUAGUCAAGUAAAAACUUGGCGAAUAAAAUAUCAGAUCAGAAGAUGCUUAAGAAAUAAGAAAGAAAAUAUUAAAAGAAGCCAAGAUUAUCUGUGGUACUCUCAGUUCAACUGGUUCAUAAAUUUUAGCAUCUGCUAACUUUAAAUUUGAUACUGUCGUAAUUGAUGAAGCUGCUCAGUCUACAGAAAUAAGUACUCUCAUUCCUUUGCAAUAUUAAUGUACUAGACUUAUUUUAAUUGGUGAUCAUAAUUAAUUGCCUGCUACUAUAUUCUCUAAAAAAUGUGAAAAGUUUAAUUAUCAUUAGAGUUUAUUCGAACGUUUUGAAAAAUGUAAAGUUGAAGUUCAUAUGUUAAAUUAACAAUAUAGAAUGAACCCCAUUAUUAGUAAGUUUAUUUCUUAAACUUUUUACUAAGACAAAAUUUCAGAUGCCGAAAAAAUUAACGAGCUUGUAGGUUAACCUGAAAUUUAUUAGUUAAGACUAUUUUAGCCUGUCGUUUUCUUUAACGUUGAAGGUAAUGAAAUAUUUGAAAAAUCUUCAUAUAAGAACGAGGAAGAGUCAAAAGCUAUUGUUGAAAUUUAUAAUAAAUUGAGAACUACCUUCCCUAAUUUCGAUUUGAAUAAGUUAGGUAUUAUUACUGCUUACUCUCGUUAAGUUAAGGAAAUAGAAAAAAAAAUUAAAGCUCACGAUAAAACAGACAAGUGUAUGGUUGAAGUACACACAGUUGAUGGUUUCUAAGGUAGAGAAAAGGAUAUAAUUAUAUUCUCUACUGUGAGAGCUAGUUAGGUAAAUGGAGAAAAAAAUACUAAAAAAACUAUUGGUUUCUUAAAUGACAGAAGAAGAAUGAAUGUCAGUUUAAGUAGAGCAAGAUUAUGUGUUAUAGUUGUGGGUGAUCUCAAAUAACUUAAAUUUUCUAAAUUAUGGAAAGGAUUAGCAGAAUAUUCAAUAGAAUAAAGAAGUUGUUAUAAUAUGGUUGCCCCAUAUUAAACUUUUGUUAGUAAAUUAGAAUUACACUUUGAUUAAUACAAAGUUUAUAGGGCAACAUAGAAUUGA